UAACGCAAAAUGCGCCUUACGUGUUUACUAGCAUACUUUAUAUAUCAGUAGAUCAGGAACCACAGUUAUGUGAAUGUCAGUGAAUUUUGAAGGAGCAUAUUAAUCAAGAGAGUAUCAAAAGUACAUUGGCCAGCUGAUCGUCAUGUGUUCCGCGAAAAUACCACGCAUUCUUUCGAUCCAAAGUCACGUCGUAUCGGGAUACGUCGGCAAUAAAAGUGCUACCUUUCCAUUGCAGCUUUUAGGCUUUGAGGUUGAUGCAAUCAAUUCUGUACAAUUAUCUAAUCAUACCGGCUAUAAGGUAUUUAAAGGACAAAUACUCAAUGAUAAAGACUUGGAUGAUCUCAUUGAUGGCCUAACGCAAAAUGAUUUGGACAGUUAUACACAUUUACUGACUGGAUACAUUGGUUCUGCUUCUUUCUUAAAAAGGAUAGCAUCACUGGUCACGUCGUUGAAAUACAAAAAUCCAAAUCUUAUAUAUGUUUGUGAUCCUGUUAUGGGUGACAAUGGAGAGAUGUAUGUGCCGAAAGAGUUGAAGGAAAUUUACAAGAAAGAAAUAGUACCAUUAGCAGAUGUGCUAACUCCAAACCAGUUUGAAUUAGAAUUACUGACUGAUAAAAAAGUCACCAAUAUGACUGAUCUGCAAAAUGCGAUUAAAAAGGUGCAUGAAAUCGGGCCACAAACUAUAGCUGUAUCGUCAACUGAUUUUAGUGACAAAUUGACAGCAUUGGUCAGCACUGUGAAAGAUAAUAAAUUAGUGAAAAUAGACAUUCCUAAAAUACCAGCGACAUUUACGGGUUCCGGGGAUCUUUUUGCUGCAUUAUUUCUUGCCCAUGCAUAUUUGGAAAGUGACAUGAAAACUAUCAUGGAGAAAACUAUAAAUUCCUUGUACAGUGUGCUACUUAAUACAUACGAACACUUCAAAGCAUGUGCAAAUAUUGAAGCACAACGGGCCAGAAAAAUCGAAUUACAACUCAUACAAAGUAAAAGCAGUAUUGAAAAUCCAGAGAUUUGUCUGUUUGCGGAAAUUCUGUAAUGUAUAAGUUAUGAAAAAAGCUUCUAUGUUGCCUACUAGAGACAAUAUAUGUAAUCUAUUAAUUCUACAUAAUAUGAUUUAUAAAGAGAAAUUUCUAUUGCAUUUAAGUAAAUGACUCGUUAAAUUACAUUUGUAUAAACAAAAUAAUGCAUUUUUACAUAAAUGAAAUACCAAAGACCAAUAUAAAUCAGUAUAAAGACCAGUAUAUGUCUUCCAGAAUAUGUAAUUGCUUCAUAUGUAUAAUAUUGUGCGACACACUAAUGUAUGUAAUUAAAAAAAAAUCUUUUAGACAAUAACAUUUUUAAGAAAAGUUGUUAACAAGUAUAGAUAAAUCUCUAAAAUAUAUACAAUAUUUUGAAAGUUUAUAUAUAUAUAAAGAUAUGUUUAUUGAAAUAAAUUUGUAAACAUCUGUUUGAUGUAUGUAUAUUGAAAUAAACUUGCAUGAAG